AUGGCCGAUACCGUUGGAAAGACCAUCACCUGCAAGGCUGCCGUCGCCUGGGAGGCCGGCAAGGAACUCAGCCUCGAGGACGUCGAAGUCGCUCCCCCCAGGGCCCACGAGGUCCGCAUCCAGAUCUACUACACCGGUGUCUGUCACACAGAUGCUUAUACCCUGUCCGGAAAGGACCCUGAGGGUGCUUUCCCCGUUAUCCUCGGACAUGAAGGUGCCGGCAUUGUGGAGUCCGUAGGCGAGGGUGUUACCAACGUAAAGCCCGGCGACCACGUCGUCGCUCUCUACACCCCCGAAUGCAAGGAGUGCAAGUUCUGCAAGUCCGGAAAGACCAAUCUCUGCGGCAAGAUCCGAGCCACCCAAGGCAAGGGCGUGAUGCCCGACGGCACGACCCGCUUCAAGUGCAAGGGCAAGGACAUUCUCCACUUCAUGGGCACCUCCACCUUCUCCCAGUACACCGUCGUCGCCGACAUCUCCGUCGUUGCCGUGCAACAGGACGCACCGAUGGACCGCACCUGUCUGCUCGGCUGCGGUAUCACCACCGGAUACGGUGCGGCGAGGGUAACCGCCAAGGUCGAGGAGGGAUCCAGCGUUGCGGUCUUCGGUGCCGGCUGUGUCGGUCUGUCCGUCGUCCAGGGCGCCGUCAUGAACAAGGCGGGCAAGGUCAUCGUCGUCGACGUGAACCCCGCCAAGGAGGAGUGGGCUCGCAAGUUUGGCGCGACCGACUUCGUUAACCCCACUCAGCUCGGCAACCAGACUGUCGUUGACAAGCUUAUCGAGUUGACCGACGGCGGUUGUGACUACACUUUCGACUGCACUGGCAACGUCAACGUCAUGCGCGCUGCUCUCGAGGCCUGCCACAAGGGUUGGGGCCAGAGUAUCAUCAUUGGUGUCGCCGCUGCCGGCCAAGAGAUCUCCACCCGACCUUUCCAACUCGUCACCGGUCGUGUCUGGAAGGGAUCCGCUUUCGGCGGCAUCAAGGGCCGCACCCAGCUCCCCGGCCUCGUCGACGACUACCUCCAGGGCAAGCUCAAGGUUGACGAGUUCAUUACGCAUCGCAAGACCCUCGCCGAGAUCAACAACGCCUUUGAGACGAUGAAGCAAGGCGACUGCAUCAGGGCUGUCGUCAACAUGAGGGAGUAA